AGCCUCACGGGGGACGACUUCUGAUAACCUUGUCUCUCCCCUGGCGCUUCGAACAGUGCUUGGCACAUAGUGGAAGUUAGUGGAAACUGGCGAAGCUGGGGACACCGGCCCGGGCUCCCAGGCCCACGCACGCUCGUGGAGUCGUGACAUGCGCCACCACGUGCAGCAGGCUAAACUGAGCCCGGCACGGAGGGGGCAUGAGAGAUGGAAGCGAAGCCAGCCAGUCCUCAUCUAAAGAAGCGUUUGGUACAGUGCUCUGCACAUAGUAAGCGCUCAGUAAAUACUGUUGAAUGAAGAAAGGGAUAACCAGGUGCGUCGGUCGAAGGAGAGGUUCCUGUCCCGCCAUGGCCGAAGCCGUCUUUCGGGCCCCAAAAUGGAAAAGAAGGGUCUUUGAGAGUUACGACUCGCCGUUCCCUGUGCCUUUUGGUCAGCGGGACGUGAGUGAGAGACCUUUCAGAGUUUACCGGGCCGAAGUGAUCAACAAUCACGUCAUCGUGAGAAAUGCGGACGAUAUCGAGCAGUUGUACAGGAAGGGCUAUUUUGGAAAAGGCAUUCUGUCCAGAGGUCGUCCGGAUUUCAGUAUUUCAGACCCUGCACUGGUUGCCCGGUGGAAAGAUACCAAGUCAGGCCUGCCUUUACUCACAUCUCGAAAGUUUCAGCGGCGGGUGGCGUGGGCCGAGAGGGUUCUGCGAGAGCAAGGCCAGGAGGACUCUUCGGCCCGGGCAAUACUCGAGGAGUACACCAAGCCACAAAGGGCCGAAGAGGCGCCCCCCGAUCCGGAGAUGGACCCCGGGGUGGGAGAUGGGGCCCGGCCCCCAGCCGCACACGGCCCCCCAACAGCAUCGGGCCACCACGAGACCUCACCUGAUCCGUCAGCUCCACCCGCCCCAGCCGCUCGGGAACACAGUGGCCAGCCGGUGGGGGGCCUUGGACACUGGGGCCACGAGCCCGCCAAUAGCCAGGAACGGGCAGGACCUGGGCCCGCCCGGCAGAGACGGUGCGAGGAGGAGUACGUGUUGGUGGAAGAGACGGCAAGUUCCCCGAGGGGCGAGGCAGAAACGAUGGAAGGACAAUUGGGCAACAGAGACAAGCUCGUGUGCAGAAGAAAUCCAUUCAGGAUCUAUGAGUAUUUACAACUCAGCUUGGAGGAGGCAUUCUUUCUGGUCUAUGCCCUGGGAUGCUUAAGCAUCUCCUACAAGGAGGAGCCCCUGACUAUCACGAAGCUCUGGGAAGUUUUUACCGUUCUACAGCCGACGUUCCGAACAACGUACAUGGCGUACCAUUACUUCCGAAGCAAAGGCUGGGUGCCCAAAGUCGGGCUGAAGUACGGCACCGAUCUCCUGCUGUACCGCAAGGGCCCACCCUUUUACCACGCCAGCUACUCUGUCGUGGUGGAGUUAGUUGACGAUCAGUUUGAAGGGUCCCCACGUAGGCCGUUCACCUGGAAGUCACUGGCUGGCUUGAAUAGAACAACGGCUAACGUCUCUAAGGAACUUAUGCUGUGCUAUCUGAUUAGACCAUCCAGUAUGACUGAAAAAGAAAUGGAAUCACCAGAGUGUCUGAAAAAGAUUAAAGUUCAGGAAUUGAUCCUAAGCCGUUGGGUCUCGUCCCGGGAGCGCUGUGACCAAGAUGAGCUCUAAGCAACACGCUGACGAGUCUUACCCGUGUAACGGUCCUCAGUAAACAAAUAAAAGCCCAAAGAGAG